GUCGUCCACACUGGUGAGAAGCCCUAUUGCUGCCUGGUCUGCGAGCUCCGCUUCUCCUCCCGCUCCAGCCUGGGCCGCCACCUCAAGCGCCAGCACCGCGGGGUGCACCCGUCUCCACUGCAGCCCAGCCCGGCUCUGCCGGCCCUGCCCGCCCUGAGCGCGCCCUGCGCUGUCUGCUGCAAUGUGGGGCCCUGCUCGGUGUGCGGGGGCACAGGAGCCGGCGGCAGCGGAGAGGGCUUGGAGGGGGCGGGCGCGGCCAGUUGGGGGCUGGCAGAAGCGGCAGCCGCAGCCGCGGCCUCCUUGCCACCAUUUGCCUGCGGUGCCUGUGCCAGGAGAUUUGACCAUGGCCGCGAGCUGGCUGCCCACUGGGCAGCGCAUACCGACGUGAAGCCUUUCAAGUGCCCGCGCUGCGAGCGUGACUUCAACGCACCCGCGCUGCUUGAGCGCCACAAGCUCACGCAUGACCUUCAGGGAACCGGCCCGAUCCCUGUGCAGGUAUGGGCCUCCGGGGCCGUCGCUGGGCCGGAGAUGGCUGGUGAAGGUGGCUCAGUGGAGGCAGGCGACGCUCCCCCAUCUUGGGACGACGCUCCACUGCUCCUGGUCUCCACUGGAGGUGGUGUGCCCGAGCUGGGGGCGUUGCUUCCCGAGAGUGUCGGGGAGGCCCCAGCCCCGGCAGCCGUGGCCGAGCCGUUGGAAGACACCUUGUACCAGUGCGACUGCGGGACGUUCUUCGCAUCGGCAGCUGCCCUGUCCAGCCACCUGGAGGCGCACUCCGGCCCGGCCACCUACGGCUGCGGCCACUGCGGGGCUCUGUAUGCGGCGUUGGGGGCCCUGGAAGAGCAUAGGCGAGUCAGCCACGGAGAGGGUGGCGAGGAGGAAGUGGUGACAGCCCCAGAGGGGGUGUCAGGGGAGCCCAGGCCCACCUCAGGCCGCAGCAGCAAGAAGAUCUUUGGCUGCUCCGAGUGCGAGAAGCUAUUCCGCUCCCCUCGCGAUCUGGAGCGGCACGUGCUGGUGCACACCGGCGAGAAGCCAUUCCCGUGCCUCGAGUGCGGCAAGUUCUUCCGCCACGAGUGCUACCUCAAGCGCCACCGGCUGCUGCAUGGCACCGAGCGGCCCUUCCCCUGCCACGUCUGUGGCAAGGGUUUCAUCACGCUCAGCAAUCUCUCCAGACACCUGAAGCUGCACCGAGGCAUGGACUGAACAGCCAGGCCGCCCGGUCCUCUAGCCAGCCAACCCAGGGACUGGACUCUGGACGAAGGGAGGCCUUGGCCUUCCCUCCCAGUUCAGAGCCAGGCCCAGAGAUGAGACCCCUACCUGGAGAGGUGGGGCCACCCAGAACCCACACAGACCCUGAGCUCCGGACCGCAAAUAAACAUGCCUCAGCCAGGGGGUCCAAGAACAUAAUUGUUGGGGCCAAAAUCAGAACCUCCCGAGCUUGAAACUCCUAAAAUCAGCACCCUCAAAUCAGCAAGCCUCUAAGACGUGGGGAUCUGGGAAUGAGAAGCGGGUCUCCACAAGUUCCUCAUGUCUACUAGUAAGACAUGAACACCUCGGAGGGCCAACUGCUCCACUCCCUGAGAGCCAUCAUUCCCAACGACCUUUAUCUGGGGAAUGGGGGGAUCAUGUCCCCAAAUCUCUGGAUCCCCUCCAAAAUCUACCCACCAGUCACUGGUGACCCCGGAAAAUAAAUAUAGCCGAAAUCUGCCUUUCCCCCCAUUUCAUUCCCUGAAAAGAGGACCAGGGUAGAUGCCCCCUGCUUUUGACUUCAUCACCCUCCAAUUAGGUCUCCCUCUCCCCACUGCAGAAUGGAUAACCCUAUUGAGCUUUCCCAACCUGAAUGCUAGAAUAGACUGGUCCCAAAACUCCCUGCCCAGUAGGAUGGACUGACCCAGAUGCACAUCCCCCUGCCGGCUUGGAAGGGCUGGUACAAGUUGUGGCCUGGCCCCACCCUCCUUAGAAUGAAUAGGACAGACACUCCCUUAUCCUGUAGAGUGUGGUCCACCCAUGGUCCACGUUGUUCCCCAUCCUGUGACCUCAUCCGGGUGGAGGUGGUGGACAUCAGGGUUCCCUCCCCCUCUACUGUUAGCACCUGUUGGGCUUCCUCUCCAUAUCUGUCGAUUUGUCUCUGUUCCAACUCCAAGGGGAAGGGGAACUUGGCUGGGGGGGAGGGUCCCCUGUGAGCCUCAACCUCACCCCCUCAUCCCACUCCUAAUGUCACCAG